GGAGAAGUAGAGCGCGCGGUGAACGCGAGGCAGCAGCAGCAGCAGGUGCGGCCAGCGCGAGGCAGAUCCCUGAGCUCCAGCCUCCUGCUCUGCAGAGAGAUGCUUCCUGAAUGUGGCUGAACCCGCAGCCGCUGGAAUAUGCCGCAGGGGGACCAUCCUGCCAACGCCACGGACCGCGUGAGGGAACCACCCACCACCGGCCCAGGGAGGCAUGGUGACGACCUUCAAGAUUGCGGUGCUCGGGGCCCAAGGGGUGGGGAAGAGUGCCAUUGUUCGCCAGUUCAUGUACAACGAGUUCAGCGAGACCUGUGUUCCCACCAAGGCUCGCCGUGUCUUCCUGCCAGCUGUUGUCAUGAAUGGCCACGUCCACGAAUUGCAGAUCAUGGACUUUCCUCCCAUAUCGUCUUUCCCAGUCAACACCCUACAAGAGUGGGCAGAUUCAUGUUGUCGAGGAAUAAGGAGUGCUCAUGCCUAUAUCCUCGUUUAUGACAUAUGUUGCUUUGACAGCUUUGAAUACAUCAAAACCUUGAGGCAGCAGAUCCUAGAAACAAGAGUUAUUGGAACUUCUGAGACUCCCAUUAUCAUUGUUGGUAACAAGCGCGAUCUGCAGAAAGGGCGUGUCAUCCCACGAUGGAAUGUGUCACAUCUGGUGAAAAAGACCUGGAAAUGUGGUUACAUUGAGUGCUCUGCAAAGUAUAACUGGCACAUACUCCUACUGUUCAGUGAACUGCUCAAAAGUGUGGGCUGUGCACGUUGUAAACAUGUUCAUGCUGCAAUACGCUUCCAGGGGGCUCUGCGACGCAACCGCUGCUCAGUCAUGUGAGGAUCUACUUUGUACAUUGAGAGAUCUGAAUUUGGAUGUUACCUUCAAUAAAUUGGUUGGGUGGCUGUGUGGGAAUUCUUCCAGUUAAUGAACACAGGAUACACACAGUUAAUUGCACUUCCUUUGGGGGAGUUAUUCGGUUCUGUGAAGUAUCAAAGGAGUCUUUCACUGGUUGAAAAGUGUGACCUUUAUAAAACCAUUACCGGUGAACAAAUUCUAUAAUAGCACAGCAUCUGCCCUCUAGGUUAAGUGGCAUUAAAUAAACUCAUGUAGUCUGACUUGGACAAAUUAAUUUGGAAUUCAGAAUCACAUAGUUCUCAUUUAUUCUUUUUUGGCUUUGAUACAGAUCUGCCCAGUGUCUUAGAACCUUCAUGAAAGGAAUGUUGGGUGGCACAAUUGCAGCCAAAUAUUCGACCUCUCAGGUGGAAGGACAAUUGUUGCGUUUUGCUGAGAGAAGAAUCUUGCUCUUGUUUUGAUCUCACACUUCCACUGCUUGUUACAGGGUAUGUGGUCCCACAAAUGUUAAAGUGACCUUGUUAGUGGCAUUUCCACUAUUUGCCUAUGUAUUAAACCCUACCGCAUCUACAACUUCAGCUUUGCAUUAUAAUUACAUUUUCAGCAUAAUUCAAGUAAUUUUGCCAAGCUAUGUUUCAUACAUAGAUCCAUUGUUGAAAUGUUACAAAUAAAGUCACUUCAACAUUAGCAGGGCUACUUUUAUUUUGAUAUAUCAAGCAUAUUCUGUGCGUCUGUUAGUCACUUCUCUACCAAAAGGAAGGGCAAUAAAAUGGGCCCUGGG